AUGAGCAGCGACACGGAGAUCCCCACAGGGAUACAUCGGGGCUACCUCCGCAAAUAUGGUGAGUUACCCCAACUCCCCCCCCCCCCACGACCCUGGCACCAUUCUGCCCCUGGCAUCUUGUUGGGGGGCGGGGUGGGAACAAGAAUCCAUGUUGUUGUUGUUGUUGUUGUUGCCUAGGUCUCCUGCUCUUCCCGCACCCCCUCUUUUUAAAAAUGCUUUUGAAAGAAAGAAACCACUUUUGCUUGCAGGGGUGCUGAGCGUUUUGCAAAAGACCUCAGGGUGGCUUGCAUACUUUCCCCUCUCCCCAUUUCAUCCUCACGACAGUCCUGUGAGGGAGGUUAGGCUGAGAGUGAGGGGCUGGCUCCAACCACUAGGUCAUAGCUGUCAACGUUUCCCUUUUUUUAUUCCCGUAUUCCGAAUAGGAUUCCUCGCAAGAAAAGGGGAAAGUUGACAGCUAUGCACGAGGCACCCACAGCCACUUCCCAGCUUAAUUGGCUCAAAAACCUGUAUUUGUGUAUAAACGUGUAUGUGUGGGUAUGCAAAUUGGUGGGACUUUUCAGUUGCUAGCAGAGUCCCUUUCUAGAUUAAGGGAUGUUGCUGUCGUUUAGUCGUUUAGUCGUGUCUGACUCUUCGCGACCCCAAGGACCAGCGCACGCCAGGCACUCCUGUCUUCCACUGCCUCCCGCAGUUUGGUCAAACUCAUGCUGGUAGCUUCGAGAACACUGUCCCACCAUCUCGUCCUCUGUCGUCCCCUUCUCCUUGUGCCCUCCAUCUUUCCCAAAAUCAAGCUCUUUUCCAGGGAGUCUUCUCUUCUCCUGAGGUGGCUGAAGUCUUGGAGCCUCAGCUUCAGGAUCUGUCCUUCCAGUGAGCACUCAGGGCUGAUUUCCUUCAGAAUGGAGAGGUUUGAUCUUCUUGCAGUCCGUGGGACUCUCAAGAGUCUCCUCCAGCACCAGAAUUCAAAAGCAUCCAUUCUUCAGUAAUCAGCAGCCUUUAUGGUCCAGCUCUCGCUUCCAUACAUCACUACUGGGAAAACCAUAGCUUUAACUAUAUGGACCUUUGUUGGCAAAGUGAUGUCUCUGCUUUUUAAGAUGCUGUCUAGAUUAAGGAAUAUGGAAAGGCAAAUGCAAGCCCGGAGAAAUCGCUGGGACAAAGGUUAUGGGGAGUGGGACUCAAAAGUAGCUGGAAGCAGCACCCUCUCUGCCCCAGAAGAUGCCUGCUUCAUUCCCUAAUCCCGGCUGUGUAGGAUCUCAGGGUUGCACAAAACAGCUCUCUGCACAUGUUCAAAGGGCCCAUUCAUCUUUCCUAGCAGUUCAUCGUGUCUUUUCCAUAACAACAGGUUAAUGACUUCUCAACCAGAAGCCAGGUGCUCAGGCUGCUUAAAAAUCUCCAGGUUAAAAUGUGUAAAGGUUGUUCUUUCUCUCAAUUCUAAUCAAAGCUGGGGGUGUUUUUUGGAGGGUGGGGACAUCUAAAUACAGCGUUUUGCAAGAAAGAAGAGGAUAGAUAUGUGGUUGUUCCCAAGUAGCUGGUCGUUCUGAAGCUUGCUCUGUACUGCUGUUAAUGAGUUUUGUUCCGUAUAUUGUUGUCCCGGCCGUGAUAUUUCAUGAGAGGGCGGUAUACAGAUAUUUCUUUAAAUAGAUAAAUAUACAAAAGCAAGCAAGCAAAGGAACAAUGAGGCUAUGGGAUUCAGCCCUGGAGGAGACUUGUGCUCAGGCUCAGCCCUGGAAGUAGGUUUGUUGAUUUAGCAUUUGGGGAAUAUUUAAAAUUAGAACUGAGAUUAAGAAAAAGAGAUCCCUUCCCUUUGAAUCUGCCGUUUGAGAUUCCCAGACUCCAGGGAUUUCUAAAGUCCUGGCUAAGUGUAAACAAGUCAGUGGAUCAAGGAGUAGCCCCUUCCUCCUAGCAAGCUCCUGCGUUGUGCCAGCAGCUAUGCAGACAGAAAUUCAACAGGUGGUGGUUGCCUUCAGCCUUGUCAGGGGGAGGGAAGCGGAAUGGUUAUAGUGAUGAGCUGUGCCUGUUGAAUUUCUGUGAGCCACACUUUGUGGGUUAUUUCAUCUUUAUUUUAAAAAAAAUCCACAGCUAGGCAGCUUCUACCCAACAGGGGGCUAAUUUUGCAUUGUGGCAGGUACUAAAUUUCUAGAAAGCAGUGAACGCUCCCUCUCAUCCUCAGUGAGAGCGACUUACACUCUGUACCUGCUCAGAGGCAGGGACGGCUCCUCUUUCAUACAUCCCAGGACUCAUUCCUGCUGCUGGAAUGGAAGCAAGUGCCAGGAUUGAGCCCCAGCACAAAUAAAUAAACCCCUACCAUGGGUCAUGAUUUGUUUAUAAUCCCACCAGUCUUGCAUCUUCUUCCAUCAGGCAAGGGAUACAACUGGCUGAUUCUGCCUUUGUUUUGUGUCCCAUUUCUCACAGGAUUUUGGGGAGAUGAAUGCAAAGUUUUUUUCACCAGGCAGGGGAAAAAACCACAACUUUCUAGGUCAAUCAGGAUGCUUUUAAAUUACAUUUUUAAAAAAUCUGCUCCUAGAGCUUUAAUUAAUUAAUUGCAUAAUUUAGUUGAUUAAACCCAAAGCACCAGAUCUCCCAGCUGUGCAAAAGGAUCAGCUCACCCCAAACCCUGAUGACGAGGGUACCCCAGGCCCAAAUUUAGCACAGUAAUAACAAUAAUAAUUUUCUUAUUUGUACUCGGCCCGUAUGACUGAGUUGCCCCAGCUCCUCUGGUCAGCUGGGUAAUCUUCCUGGCCUGCAAAAGGGAAUAACAAAGCUUUUUAUCGUUCUAUGAUAUCCCCCUGGACCAGAGCACGCCAGGCACUCCUGUCUUCCACUGCCUCCCGCAGUUUGGUCAAACUCAUGCUGGUAGCUUCGAGAACACUGUCCCACCAUCUCGUCCUCUGUCGUCCCCUUCUCCUUGGGCCCUCCAUCUUUCCCAACAUCAGGGUCUUUUCCAGGAGUCUUCUCUUCUCAUGAGGUGGCCAAAGUCUUGGAGCCUCAGCUUCAGGAUCUGUCCUUCCAGUGAGCACUCAGGGCUGAUUUCCUUCAGAAUGGAGAGGUUUGAUCUUCUUGCAGUCCAUGGGACUCUCAAGAGUCUCCUCCAGCACCAGAAUUCAAAAGCAUCAAUUCUUCAGUAAUCAGCAGCCUUUAUGGUCCAGCUCUCACUUCCAUACAUCACUACUGGAAGAAAAUUAUACAGACAGCAAAACAAAGAAGUCUGAGUUAACAUGGCCUUCUACCAAUCAGAAAUAAUAAUACUAUAAUAAUAAUAUAAUAAUAAUAAUAAUUUAUUAUUUAUACCCCGCCCAUCUGGCUGAGUCUCCCCAGCCACUCUGGGCGGCUCCCAAUCAAGUGUUAAAAAAAGUACAGCGUUAAAUAUUAAAAACUUCCCUGAACAUGGUAAUAACUAUUACAAUAGUGAAAAUACUAAAAAUACAUUUACUUCCCCUUUUGAACUUCUAUUCUGGUUACAAUAUAUUGCUAUUCUAUUAGAAUCUAUUAUAUCCUUUGCUGUCCCAUAUAUUAUUUUAUUUCCCAAAUUCAACCUAACCCUCCCCUCCUCCCCACUGCUUCCCUUCACCUGUGUGAGAUCUUCCCAACAUAAUAUUUUAUCUAGUUGCUUUAACAAAAUAAAAUAACAUGAAAACUUAUAAAUUAUAAUUAAUUCUUUCAUCCUUACACAAUUGCCUAUUAAGAGUUCUGCUUUAACCCCAUAUUUCUUCAUGUCUUCACCUCUGCAUUCCCAAUCUGUAUAGAAUUUUUGAUUGGAGCAGCCCCUGAUUGCUGCAGUCAUUUUUUGCCAUCUUGCCAAACUCACAAAUCUUAACUUGCCAUUCUGUCAAUUGUGGUACUUUUUCUGUUUUCCAAUAUUUUGCCAUAAGUAUUCUUGCGGCUGCGGUUAUAUACAAAAAUAUAUUCCUUUUGUCCUUGGGUAUGUCUGCAACUUUUAAAUGACAUCUGAAGGCAGCAAUGUACAGUGGUGCCUCGCAAGACGAAAUUAAUUCGUUCCGCAAGUUUUGUCGUCUUGCGAUUUUUUUCGUCUUGUGAAGCACGGUGUCGGGAAAGUUUUGGAAAAGCUUCAAAAAUCACCAAAGUCUUUAAAAACCUCAAAAAAGGCUACCACACCGCAUUCUAUGAGUUGCUCCUCGAAGUCAAGUCGCAACUGUAUUAACGGUGUUAAGAAAAGGAAACAAACUUGCAAGACGUUUCCGUCUUGCGAAGCAAGCCCAUAGGGAAAAUCGUCUUGCGAAGCAGCUCAAAAAACAAAAAACCCUUUCGUCUAGCGAGUUUUUUGUCUUGCGAGGCAUUCGUCUUGCGAGGUACCACUGUAUAGGGAGGUUUUGUUUAAUGUUUAAUGUUUUAUUAUGCUUUUAUAUAUGUUGCAAGCCAUCCAGAGUGGCUGGGGCAACCUAGUCAGAUGGGCGGGGUAUAUAUAAUAAAAUUAUUUGUAGUAGUAGUAGUAUGGAAUAGGACAUCCCUAUUUUCAUCGGAUAAAUGUUGCAGGGUAUGAAACUGCAUUCUCUCCCCCCCCUCCGGCCUUUUGGGAUUAUUGCCGCUAGCAUUUGAUUGAAUCCUAAUCCCAAAGCGCCCACGAGAGAAUUUAAUCAUUGUUUUAAUCUGUUUGUUGCUGUGCAUGAUGUUUGUCCCGUCGUCAGCCUACGACAGAUUGAUGGAAACGGAAUCUCCUUAGUAGCAAAUUACUCUCUGGGAUAAACGAGCCAUCCGUCCACUCAGUAAUGAGAGAGCCUGAUGAACAGCGGAGGAGAGGGCAAGAGAGGCAUAAUCCCCACUUCCGUCCAAAAGGGAGCAGAGGAGGUUGCUAGUCCCCAAGAGGCAAGGGUGUUCUGGGGGUUGGUCUGGAUGACCCUUGGAGGUCCCUUCCAACUCUCCCAUUCUAUAAGAUUGAGGUUGAAUCCUGACAAGACACAAGUACUGUUUUUGAGGGACAGGAGGGGGGCAGGUGUGGAGGACUCCCUAGUCCUGAAUGGGGUAACUGUGCCCCUGAAGGACGAGGUGCGCAGCCUGGGAAUCAUUCUGGACUCACAGCUGUCCAUGGAGACCCAGGUCCAUUCUGUAUCCAGGGCAGCUGUCUGCCCGCUGCAUCUGAUACACAGGAUGAGACCCUCCCUGCCCGCAGACUGUCUUGCCAGAGUGGUGCGUGCUCUAGUUAUCUCCCACUUGGACUACUACAAUGCACUCUAGUGGGGCUACCUUCGAAGGUGACCCAGAAACUACAACUGAUCCAGAAUGCAGCAGCCAGACUGGUGACUGGGAGCGGCCACUGAGACCAUACUACACCGGUCCUGAAAGACCUACAUUGGCUCCCAGUACGUUUCCGAGCACAAUUCAAAGUGUUGGUGCUGACCUUGAAAGCCCUAAACGGUCUCGGUCCAGUAUACCUGAAGGAGCAUCUCCACCCCCAUCGUUCUGCCCGGAUGUUGAGGUCCAGCGCUGAGGGCCUUCUGGUGGUUCCCUCAUUGCGAGAAGCCAAGUUACAGGGAACCAGGCAGAGGGCCUUCUCAGUAGUGGCGCCCGCCCUGCGGAACAGCCUCCCACCAGAUGUCAAGGAGAACAACAACUACCAGACUUUUAGAAGACAUCUGAAGGCAGCCCUGUUUAGGGAAGCUUUUAAUGUUUAGUGCAUUCCUGUAUUUUAAUAUUUUGUUGGAAGCUGCCCAGAAUUACUGGGGAAGCCCAGCCAGAUGGGCGGGGUAUAAAUAAUAAUUAUUAUAUUAUAUUAUUAUUAUAACCAGAUUGGGUUGCCAAUGGAAAGGUCCCAGGGCUCAUAUCUGCCUGCAAGUCACACCUUCCACCUCUGAAGCUAGUCGGCUGAGAUUCCUUGGCCUUAAACCAAAACAAAUGCUCUCACGCUUCUGACUUCUAUCUCCUUGCCAACCUUGACCUCAAGUGGUCCUUUGCAGGAGGCUUCCUUUUCAAGCAGUGGAAGGAGAAGUUCAUCGUCGUUUCGCUGGACGGCAGCCUGCUCAUCUGCCCGGAUGCCGACUCCCCGGCCGAGCUGGGCAUCUCCCUGGGCACCAGCUGCGAGGCCAUUCUGGAGGGCAGCGAGAUCUGCGACCUGCCGCGCCUUCCUCUGGGGGCCCAGACGGACAGCUGCCUGGGGCUGAGCCUCCGCGACGGCAAGUUCCUCCUCUUCCUCGCCCCUGACGGCCAAGUGUGCAGGUGGGCCUGCCCUCCUUCUGUAGUUUAUGGCGGGCGCUGGGAACUGUGGCUGCAUGAGGGGUCUCCGCAAAUUCAUCCAGUCCCCUUUCAAAGCCAUCCAAGUUAGUCGUCGUCACUAUAACUUGCGGAGGCGAUUUCCAACAUUCCUAGCAUUGUUGCACACCAUGCAAUUGCAUAAUAGUGUUGCGUGUGACUUAGCUGUAGCGUUCCCAAAGCAAGGAAGGAUUGGACUCUGAUUAAUAAAAUACAAGGCUUGACCAGCAAGACUCUGGGAGGGGUGCCAAUAAUCAUCAUCCUCUCCACCCCUCGGCCCAGGUCGUUUUAUUCACCAAAGAAAUUUUUACACAGUGUUCUUAAGAACCAAUCAGAUUUCCUCUGAGCAUUUCAAAAACCCCACGUGAGACAAAAUCAGAUCAGAAGAAAGUCUUUUAACUACAAAGAAACUAUUUCCUACUUGAGCAUGCAUACAUUCUGGGGUAAAUAAAACAGGAUAAAAGGAGGAAUGCAUUCAGCAAACCAGUGGGACAUGGUUGGCGCUGUGGGUUAAACCACAGAGCCUAGGACUUGCCGAUCAGAAGGUUGGCGGUUCGAAUCCCCGCAACGGGGUGAGCUCCCGUUGCUCGGUCCCUGCUCCUGCCCACCUAGCAGUUCGAAAGCACGUCAAAGUGCAAGUAGAUAAAUAGGUACCACUCUGGCGGGAAGGUAAACGGCAUUUCCAUGCGCUGCUUUGGUUCGCCAGAAGUGGCUUAGUCAUGCUGGCCACAUGACCUGGAAGCUGUACGCCGGCUCCCUCAGUCAGUAAAGCAAGAUGAGCGCCACAACCCCAGAGUCGGCCACGAAUGGACCUAAUGGUCAGGGGUCCCUUUACCUUUACUUAUCGUUGCACCUUUAUGCAAUCUAUUAUUAUUAUUAUUAUUAUUAUUAUUAUAUCACAAAUAUGGAGGACAGUUUUAAAUAGUAAUGAAAUACACGGUGUAAAGUUGGCACAGAGCCUAGAAGCAUUUUAUUCAUACCAAUGUUGCUCACAUUUUCACAUCAAAACUUGAUUUUCAUAUGCAGCCAAUAUAAAAAAUGGCUGAGGGCUCACCACUCUGACUUUUUGCCCCAGGCACAUGUGUGCGCUUAAAAGCGACAUAGGAUCAUAAAACUGUUGAAAUGGAAAGGACCUUAAGGAUCAUCCAUUCCAACCGCCCACAAGGCAGGAAUAAGCCGCUUCGAACCUGCAACCUUGGCGUUAUCGGCACCACGCUCCAGCCAACUGAGCUAUCCAGGCUCUAGCUUGGAUAUACAGUGGUACCUCGGUUUAAGAACAGCCCUGUUUACGAACGAUUCGGUUUACGAACUCCGCAAAACUGGAAGUAGUGUCCCGGUUUGAGACCUUUACCUCGGUCUAAGAACGGAAUCCGAACGGUGGAAGGGCACCAGCGGCGGGAGGCCUCAUUAGGGAAAGCGCAGCUUGGUUUAAGAACAGUUUCGGUUUAAGAAUGGACUUCCAGAACGGAUUAAGUUUGUAAACCGAGGUACCACUGUAUGUCUGAUUUGCUUGGCUUUGCCCCAGAACUUUCCCCAUGGAAACCUGCACUUUCAGACUCAACCGGAGCAAAUGUCAAUUUGGGUUUUCCACCGCUGGCCAUUGAUUGGCCUGCUUUAAAGAGCAGAUUACCGCAAGGAAAGUUCCAGAACGAAAAAGGGGGGGGGCGCUGCUUUGACACUGAGCUUCAAAGCUCAGACUGCCUUGAAAGAUCAAGUGUGGAUAAGCCCUGAGGAAUUUGAACCCUGGUCUCUCCCAGGUCCUGGUCCAACACUCUUAACCCUUAGGCCAAGGCAGUUACAGCACCGUAAGAUGCCAGAUGGGUCAACGGAGUGAUGCUUGCAGGGGCAGAGUACAUGAUGAGGCACAACGGCAUCCAUAACACAAAAUCCUGUUUUCCUUUUUUCCUCAGACGGUGGCUCAACAUCUUGAGAAAAGUCAAAGAGGUAAGGAUUUGAAAUGGAAACUGUUGUAAACAAAAAUUGCCCUUUUCCCUUAUGGGGCAUCCAAGAGUCCACUCCUCUGUCGGUUUUUGUUCUGAUUGGCCUCUUACUACUGCUGUAAGUCUUGCUGAUUCUAUAUAUUCACAAAAUAUAUAGCCGGACUAUAUUUUGGAAGGAAAAAAAAUGAACGCAUUCCGAUGCCCCACAAAUAACCCAGAGAUGCAUUUUAAAUAAAAGGGCACAUUCUACUCAUGUAAAAACAUGGAUUUAGACGGCGAUUGGGCCAGAUCCGGCCCCUGGGCCUUAGUUUGCCUACCCAUGAUCUAGAUGACUCUCUGGGGUUCUUCCAACUGUGAUUCUCGGCUUCUUUCUGCAGAGCUUCUCCCAGGGAUCCCCCUCCAGUUGCAAGCUCCACAUCAACUCGCCGGUGAGAAAACGCUUCUGGAAAGGCGCUGGGGACAGCGGGUCUCCAAGCCCCAGCACGGAGAGACGAGAAGGUAGUGGUUCCAGAGGUUGUGUGGGGCACCAGUGGGCCACAUAUGGGCAUCCCUGUCAGGAGCUCAGCCUACUCUCAAGUAGGACCCUGGUAGAGACAUAUGCCCAACUGCCAUGUUCGCUCCCUCCUGGUCGAUCGUUCGGGAGCUUCAAAAGCUUUCUUCAGCCCGAACAUCACAGCGAUGCCAACAGACAUCAGCACACUUAGGGAUCCGCAGAGUCUUCGCAGUUCGCGUGACAGACCUCAGAAACUCAGCAUUUUGGCUAAUCUACUUUAUUUACAUAUAAACACACACGGAGCACUGCAACAUGGCUCCCUCUCUAGCAUCAGACAGAAAAGAGGAAAAGAACAAAGGACAAUAGUCCCACUUCAUGGAACACAGUAACACAAGCAUCCUGUCUCCGUCACUUCCCACUCUGUGGAGUCAAAACAUAUACCGUCAUGUGAAAGACAACAAUCCCAUGACUGCAAUCGCGGAGCAGGAAUUCUAACAUCCCCUCUUGGGUCAGGGCAAGGGAGAUACCAAUCAGACAGGAUUAGCUGGAAGGGUGGCAACCAUAAUGAACACAGAGGAAGCCGGUAUGCUCUACAUUCCCCAAACUGGUGCCUUCCAGAUGUUUGGGACAACAUGUCCCAGCCAGCCCAGCCAUAUCUCCAUUUCCUUGUGGAACUCGCUGCUGCAGGAAGCACUGAUGGCUACCAAACCAGAUGGCUUUAAAAGAGGAUUAAGACAAAUUAAUGGAGGAGAGGACUAUCAGUGGCUACUAGCCAGGAUGGCUAUGUUCUACCUCCACAUCUGGAGGCAGCAACGCAUCUGAAUCCCAGUUGCUGGUGUUGUAAACAAAAAUCUGCCCUUUUCCCCUUAUGGGGUAUCCAAUAGCCCAUAUAGAGUCCUUACAUAGGUUCCCUAUCGGUAGGAGAAAAUAACAGAGGCCAACCAGAGAAUAUUGAGAAGCAAAGCAGCUAGUAAGCUUGAUCUUUAUUGAUCUGUUGCAACAAGGUGCUCCCCUCUCAUGCAGGAAAGGAGGAGAACCCAGAAGCAAGGUGUGCCCGCCCUUAUAUAGACAUUUUAAAUUCCCUGCCCUGGAGCUCAAGACCACCCCUCCAUACAUCAUACAUACAUCAAGGAAAGUGUGUAACCCAAGACCACCACCCCAGAUACAUCAUACCUACAUCACAGAAAAGGCGGUCUACAGCAGAAAUCUGAGUGCGUUGUUUAUCUCGUCUGACAGGUUACCUGUUAAUGCUCACUUGAUUGGAUACCCUGGGGAGCCUGGCCAGUUUUUUGUAAUGAUAAAUACUUAGUUCCUGAACCAGGUCACAGGCUCACCCUAUUCAUACACAGACAUACCCUUAAGACAGGAUUUGUGAAGGAAAAGGCAAUGGGGAGGCUUUUCCAUUUUCCUUUGACCUUGCAGAGAAAACAUUUGGUCAGUUUGGGAAUCAAAAAUGGUUUCAGGUCGGUCUUCCUGUUCUGAUCUAUGUACGUGCUUGGUUGGUACAUUUAUGAACAUUUAUUAUAUAUCCAAGAAUUUAAAAUUCCUAUCACACUGGAAACCACAGAAGGGGAGGGGGCUCGGAUCCUGCUCGGGGGUUUCCCAUUGGUAGGCAGGCUGUAUAGCCUUCCGGGUGCUACCACAACAACCAUCCACCACAACUGCCCAGCUAGGCUAACUCUCCUCCAAUCCUCUUUCCUGGGUCUCACAGUCUCCUUGCAGAUGCCAAGGUCUGGGGCAAGAAAUCUUUGGUGAGAGAACCUCUCCAGAGAUCUAGCUGUCACAAAAUAUUCAGCAUAAGAAAGCAUGGAAAUUUGGCUGUAAAACCUUUAAAAAUAUGUGUUUUCUAGUGAACCCCGAAGUAUUCCCUAGUAUUCCCUAGUGCACGGAUAGACCACAUGUUUGGUCAGCUAUGAAACGGUUUACUUACAAAACUCUUCAAAGGUCAGAUUCAUGUGCUUUUCCGUACAGCAGUCAUAAAAAGUUGCACAGGCAAUAACACGUUUGUUGUUGUUGUUGUUGUUUAGUCGUUUAGUCAUGUCCGACUCUUCGUGACCCCAUGGACCAGAGCACGCCAGGCACUCCUGUCUUCCAUAAUAAAACAUUACUUGGUAACAAAACGGUAAAAGUUCCUAAACUAUCAGGAUAGGAGGAAAAGGCUGGAGUUUCAGACUCCAUCCUAGUCUGGAACGAAAGAGGCUGGUUAAAGCCAUGCAGCUGGAGGGAGCAGGUCAGAGCUCCUCACGUGCCGAAUCCACAUGUAUGCUGAGUACAACAAAAGGCUUCGUUGCCCAUUUCCUCCCAAGGUGAGAGGAAGUGACAUAGGCAAAGCCUGGCAGGACAGGUUACUCUAUGGCGUUAACCCCUUCAUGUGCUAACUAGACUCAAGCAUGAUGGCUAUAUGAGGCUGGUUAUCCCCUCUCACCCCCCCCUUUGCCCUUUGCUUCUCUCUCCAGUUCCCAGGUCCAGCCUGUGCCACGAAACCUGCUCCCCGCACUGCCUCCGCCAUGGCCCCAAGCCCCCCAACACAGGGGUGAAGGCCGCCUGCCUCCUGGUGGGGGGCGCCGCCGCUGGUCCCAGCAUGGGUCACAUGGUCAGCUCAUCCACAGCCGGACCCCCUGAGGACCCCCACCCGCCGGACUUCAAGGAGCUGGGAUACCACCCGUCGGCCUGUGAUUCCGAACCGCACUACGAGGCGCCCCUGGAUUACGACGGGAUGGAGCAGGACUUAGACAUGGUGGAUUUUGGGGGGUUCGCCUUCUAG